UCUGGAGGAUAUCGGCAUGAAUCGGACAAGGUUCCUGCGUACCAACUGUCGUUUAUCCGGCGAUUCUUCUGGCUCCUGAAGAUGACUUAUUCACCAAGAGGUGUCGGGUGGUCGUUCAAGGUGGGCUUCAACGCUUGCACUUCGUUCGCCGAUUUGACCUCGUCUCUUGACAGGCCGAGAAUUCUGUUAUUCCUGUUGACCCGCGCUUCGUUCAUAAUCUGGCGGUUAGGCUGGUUGUUUUCUCACUACUUGCUGUUGGAAAUCGCAACCUUGUACACGUAUUGCAGCCCCGUCCUCUUGUCUGGAGCUUCUGUCACUUCGCAAGGCUAUACCGUGCAGUGCCUCAAUGUCGCUGUAGUCUUCUUCCAAUCCUACGCAAUCAUAACUUGUAUUCACUGCGCGUUGGCUAUUCUUGCAGUUGGCACGAACCUCGAUGAGCCACAGACGUGGCCUCAACCUUUCGGUCACUGGAAAAAUGCACAUACUAUUCGCAAAUUUUGGGGGUGCGUCAAGGCCUAA